AUGGAAAAGCAUCUAUUGCUUUGUCUGUUAUUAUUGAUUCCUGCCUUUGGAUCACCAGACUUUUUGAUCCCCCCUUUCAGAAGCGUCAAGAAGCGAAGUGCUGAUAAUGACUUGGUUGUCAAUGACAUAGAAAUCUAUAGCAUGAAAAUUGAUAGUAAAAUAACUUCCCGAUUUGCCCGCAAUGUCAUCACCAGUGAAGCUAUCAAUCAUGGAAACGUGCACAAAGAAGUCGUCUUUGAUGUUGAGCUCCCGAAGACUGCCUUCAUUACCAACUUCAGCAUGACAAUUGAUGGUGUCACUUACCCUGGAAAUAUAAAGGAAAAAGAAGUUGCAAAAAAGCAAUAUGAGAAAGCUGUUUCGCAGGGACAGACCGCCGGUCUUGUCAAGGCUUCAGGAAGAAAGACAGAAAGAUUCAGUGUCUCAGUUAACAUUGCAGCAGCCAGCAAAGUCAUUUUUGAACUCACAUACGAGGAACUGCUGAAGCGCCACUUCGGGAAAUAUGAGAUGUUCAUCAAAGUAAAACCAAAGCAGCUUGUCAGAAUUUUUGAGAUUGAAGUAGAUAUCUUUGAGCCCCAAGGUAUCAGUGAUCUGGAAGCAGAAGGGACAUUCAUCACCAAUGACCUACAAGAUAUCCUUAGAAAAACUUCUUCAGGAAAAAAGGGGUCUGUCUCUUUCAAACCAACCCUUGAUCAGCAGCGCACAGGUGCAAGUGGCUCACAGUCUGUCUUGGAUGGAGAUCUUAUUGUGAAAUACGAUGUGAAGAGAACAACUCCAGAUAACUUGCAGAUUGUCAAUGGCUACUUUGUGCACUUCUUUGCACCAACAAAUCUUCCAAACUUGUCCAAGAAUGUAAUUUUUGUAAUAGAUACUAGUGGCUCAAUGUCUGGAAGAGAAAUACAACAGACAAGAGAAGCACUUCUGAAAAUCUUAGAUGAUAUUAAACAUGAGGACUACUUCAAUUUCAUACUGUUUGGUAGUGAAGUACACACCUGGAAAGAAUCUUUAAUCAAGGCCACUCCUGAGAAUUUGGAUGAAGCAAGGAAUUUUGUUCGGGGCAUUAUCGCUGAUGGCUUGACAAAUCUACAUGGUGGUUUAAUGAGGGGAAUUGAAAUGCUGAAUGCUGCUCAUGAAGAAAACCUCGUGCCCAAGAGAAGUGCUUCUAUAAUUAUCAUGCUAACAGAUGGGCAACCAAAUGUAGGCAUAUCAAACACCCAGGAAAUUCAAACACUUGUGAAAAAAGCCAUUGAAGGAAAAUAUCCAUUAUACAACCUUGGUUUUGGCUAUGGUGUUGACUACAACUUCUUGGAGAAGAUGGCACUGGAGAAUAAAGGAUUGGCCCGCCGGAUUUAUCCUGACUCUGAUUCAGCUUUACAACUUCAGGGUUUUUAUGAUGAGGUGUCCAGACCCAUGCUUACAGAUGUGGAGUUAAACUACCCAGAAAAUGAAAUAUCUGACCUAACUAAAAACAGUUUUAAACAUUUCUAUGAUGGGUCUGAGAUUGUGGUGGCUGGGCGCUUUACAGACCAUAACCAGAACAGCUUGACUGUAGAUGUGAAAGGUGAAGGUCCUGAAGAUGCCCUGUCCUUUACUACACAUCAAGAUGCUGAACAAACGGCUAAAGCUUUUGAAGAACAACAAUACAUAUUUGGGGAUUACAUUGAAAGGCUGUGGGCUUAUCUCACCAUUGAGCAACUACUGGAAAAACGCAUUGCAGCUACAGGAGAAGAAAAGGAGAAUCUUACAGCUGAAGCCCUGGAUCUCUCACUAAAAUACAACUUUGUAACGCCACUGACAUCCAUGGUGGUGACAAAGCCAGAAGACUUGGAAAAUCAAGCUGGGAUUGCUGAUAAACCCACUGAAGGUAGAGGCAUUUUCACCCUUUAGAACCCGGCACCAUCUUACAUUGUUACAUCAGCGUUAAGCCCUCCAUGGUAUACUAUCGAUGGAGACCCACACUUCAUCAUAGCUGUGCCACAAAAAGAAGAUGCCAUUUGUUUCAAUAUCAAUGAAAACCCUGGUGCUGUGUUAAAUUUAAUAAAGGACCCAGUUACAGGUAUCACAGUCAAUGGAGAGCUUAUUGGUGAUAAGAAAGCAAACAAUGACUCUAAGAUCCAGAAUACUUAUUUUGGAAAGCUUGGCAUUACAAAUAAGCAUCUGAAUAUAAGACUGAUGGUGACUCCUGAGAAGAUCACAGUUCAGAACGGUGCUGAAAAGACAGGAUUCACCUGGCUCGACUCGGUCACCCUACAGCAAGAAGGUUUAACCUUGAUAAUUAACAGAAAAAAAAAUGUGGUGCUCUCAAUGGGCAGCGGGGCCUCCUUUGUUAUUGUUCUGCACCAAGUAUGGAAGAAACAUCCUCUUCACCAGGAUUUCUUAGGACUCUAUACUUUGGACAGUGGUAAACUAUCUAAACAGACCCAUGGAUUAUUAGGCCAGUUUUUCCACCCCAUUGACUUCACCAUACUUGAAAUUCAUCCUGGGUCUGACCCCAAGAAACCAGAUGCCACAAUGAUCAUUAAGAACAACGAGCUGACAGUAACAAGGGGCUGGCAGAAGGAUUACAGAAAAGAUCCCAAGAAUGGCAUUGAUAUUCCCUGCUGGUUCGUUCACAACAACGGAGCUGGGCUCAUAGAUGGUGUUCACACAGACUAUAUUGUUUCCAGCCUAUUUUAAAUAGCUACAAGCUUCCUCAUAUCAUGGGUGUACAGAGUUAUU